AUGGCUCGCACCCUGGAAUGCUUCAACAAGAUAGAGUUUGAUGAGCGUUUGGGGUACAAACUCCCACGCAAAGGAUGCUUACCUGGAGCAAUUCUCAAACAUUGUUUUUCAACAAGUGAUGGUGUGAUAGCAAAGCAUGAACCGCUCAUCUACAAAUUUGGAUUUACACAUUGCCCCCACACCCGGUUUUACAACCAAAAAUUUGGGUAUGCUCAUGACUUGAAAGCUGGAUGGGAACACAUGCUUGUGCUCUAUGUGGCUUCGGAAACUGUGUCAACAUCUUUCGUGGAAGCUGCAUUGAUUCAACGGUACAAAGGAGAAACUGGAUGUCGCAAUAUCAAAGAUGGAGGAGAUAACGUCCCGUUUUCCACUGAUGGACCGUUGCUGGCUAAGAUCGCUGAUGAAAAGAACAAAGUCAGGGACCUGUGCGCAGAAUUGCUGACCUUGGAGAACCAGCAGAAGCAUUUGGUCAAGGAGGCCAAGAAGACCAAGCCAGUGAAACCACCCAAAAAGACCCGUGAUGGUCGUCCUAAGGGUGCUAAGGCACCCAAGGGAGACAAGAAGCCAAAGGCUACACCAGCUCCAUCUGCUGAGGCCUCGGAAGUGCCGCACAAGGAGCAUUGCACCGAGAUCAUCAAAUUUGCAAAAGAUUCCUGUGCUGAUGACCGUGAUGAUGGCUAUGUUGCUGCCCGGUGCCCUUUGCUAUCAACCCUGAGCGGGGUCAACCUUAGGAAACAGGCCUCGCAAUGCAUUCCCCUUUAUUUGCAUGGCGACGAGGGCACCACGUACAAAAGGAACAUUUACCAGGAUGCUCACCAUCAUCACCCCAAAGGUAACUUCGGCAAACCUGGUACGAUCCUACAGGCGAGCUCCAAAGCAUCCAACGGAUGCGACAGGGGCUGGGAUAUGAGGGAUGCAGAAGCUGCUAUGUCAAAAUCGCAUGUGGAACCUCUACCUCUACCCUGGGAGCGGGAGGCUGCAUUUACACGGUUGCUGUUGAAGGAUUCAGCGCCAAAUGGGGCUGCAAGGUUCCAUAAGCCUGACCUUUGGCACACCUUUCACCUUGGUGUUGGAAAGAGUUGGGUUGCUUCUUCAUUGCUGUUGCUUUCAAUUGUCUUUGCCGGAAACAGUAUCGAUGCUCGCUUUGACAAGAUGAACCAGGAAUUUCAGUCAUGGGCCCGGGCUGAAAAGGAGUACAAGUUCAUUUCCAAAGUGGACAAGUUUCUCUGUGGUGGGGGUGGAUCUAAUGAAGCCAUUGGAUCGUGGAGCAAAGCUGCAGUUACCACGCUGCUGUGCUUGUUCCUUGAACACCUGUGCAAGAUGCACCCUGUUUUGGUACAUGCUGAUGAGUGCUUGCGGCUCAUUGAAGUGGGCACGACCAACGUGAACCAUGCCUUGCGUCUUCUCUAUGCCUCUGAUUGUUGGAAGGUUGAGAAGCUGGCACAGUUGGGAACCAAUCAAGCCAUUUAUUUGGUCCGCUUCAAGAUUGCCUUCCUAACGGUGGACAUUGUGCUCAUGGCGGCCCUGGUGGACAACCUGCAGCGCGAUGGCAAGGUGGAACUGCUCUUUACCACGCCGCCCGCGAAGUGUUCCAGCUGGAUGGGCAUCACGGUUCCCAAACGAAGCGCUUCCUUUCGUCUCGUGUUGCAGGGCAUGCGUUUGUCGGUGCGACCGCGUAGUGAUCACAGUGGACAAAUCGUAUUGCAAGCGGAAACCAUCGAUGAGGUGCAAUUCGAAUGGGCCACCAUGCUCUUUUGGCGCGCCUGCGCCUCCCGAAUCAUUGGUCUGAUUGCCCGGAUGCAGGAUCGAUUUGAGGGCUCGAUUCUUCAAUCUCACUACAGUGUGGACGGCCAGGCGCGGUCGAAUCUUGCUGGGGGCAACGAGUGGCAGAAUGAGUUGGUGCUGGAAUAA